AUGACGCCCAGGCUUCCCUCCGCUGCGGCGGAUCCCUUUCUUGAUCUGGUAAAGCCUGCCUUUUCCCCACACUUACCACUGAGCUUGGAUUUUUCUGCCCACAAUGUGAGGCAAAGAAACGGUCCCCAACUUAUAAUUUUUCACAACCUCCGUGCGUCUCUAGUUGACGGCGACCUAUUUAAAGAACCAAUGAAGAAAAGACGUCGGUCAGAUCGAGACCAGCGCUUGCAGGUGUUUCCCUCCAUGGAGCAGAGCGCCCUAAAGGAGUAUGACAAAUUGGAGUCACGGACCCGAAGGGUUUUGAGUAACACUUACCAGAAACUGAUUCAGUCUGUCUUCCUUGACGACAGCAUUCCCAAUGGAGUCAAGUAUCUCAUAAACAGGCUUCUUGCCUUGAUUGAAAAACCAUCAUUGGACCCAAUUUACAUUGGGUUAUUGGGAAGCACGGGGGCUGGGAAGAGCUCGCUGAUCAACGCCAUCAUCCAGCAAGCCGUGUUCCUACCAGUGUCUGGAGAGAGCGUUUGCACUUCGUGUAUUGUGCAAGUGAGCUCCAGACGCUGUGCGCGUUAUGAGGCCAAAAUCCACCUCCUCUCCGACCAGGAGUGGAAGGAGGAGCUGAAGACCUUCACUCAACUCCUGAACGAGGAGCCGGAUGGAGGGGAGGCGGAGGCCUGGGGCCGGGAUGGGGCCGUGGAGGAAGCCGCCCGGAGGCUGCGGGCCGUCUAUGGUGCGGGAGCAGAAGGCAGGAAGUAUGAGGACUUGCUGAGGGCGAGGCCCAGCGUGAAGAUCCCCACCUCGAGAGUCAUCCUUCUGCAGGCCGAGGAGGCAGGGGAGCUGUCAGUCAAGCUGGACCCCUAUGUUCGGACUCAGGGGCGAGAUCAGCGUGGAGAAGCAGCCGAGGCACAGAUCUGGCCCUUGGUCAAGCACGUGGAGGUGACCCUUCCCAGGUCUGCCCCGAUUCCAGAAGGGGUGGUGCUGGUGGACAUUCCCGGCACUGGUGACUUCAACUGCAGAAGGGACGAGAUGUGGAAAAAGACCAUUGACAAGUGCUCGGCCAUCUGGGUCCUCAGCGAUGUGGAGAGACUGUCCGGGGAACUGCUGAGAGAGAGCGCCCGAGCCUGCCGGCGCGGCCUCUGCCGGGACGUCGCCCUGGUGGUCACCAAGACCGACAAGCUCCACCUGCCGGAGGAUUUAAGGGAAAGAAAAGUGGGAAAUCACGCUAUUCAGAGUCAGCGGGAGGCUAUUUUGGAAAGAAACGAAACAAUAAAACUGAAAGGGAGUAGACUGCUCAAGGAAAAACUGAAGAGAAAACUGCCGGCGGAUCUGAAGGUUCUGGAAGCCUCUGAUUUGGUGUAUACCGUCAGCGCCCAUGAGUACUGGCAACGGGCCCUCCUCACCGAGGAACAGACGGAAAUCUCCAAGUUAAGAGAAUAUAUCUGGAAAAGACUCCUGGAUGAGAAGACGAGGAUGGUGACAAACUACGUCACAGAAGCCUUCGGCCUAUUGCUCCUCAUGGAGGGGUUCAACGCUGCAGACAACCUGUUGAGUGAGCACUUGCACGUGAGUGGCCUGCGGCGAUUUGUGGAGGAGCAGACGGAGAUGCUGGCGAAGGUCAUUGAGCAGAGCUUUGCCCACAUCCAGCAGCCCCUGUGGGAAGGGGUCCAGGCGGCCAGGGCUUCCUACCGACGCAUCCUUGGGGCCUGCCUGGUGAGGACCAGAGGGAACCAAGGCUUUCACCAGACUCUCAAAGCUGUGUGCCUGAACAAUGGCGUCUAUGCCUCCAGGACUCUGGCCAGAAUCGACCUGAAUGAAGCCAUCACCCGGCCCAUCUACGACCAGAUCGACCCUGUGUUUGGAGACAUUUUUAGGGCCGGCAAACCCACCAGCUCCUCCCUGAUGCCUCUCAUAGACGCGUUCAAACACUCCCUGCAGGAGAAAAUGACAGAAAUCACGAUAAGAAGUGGCUGGAAAUAUGAUAGCUACAAGAAGAGUUUCCUGACCCAGGAGGUCAGCGCCAUCCUGGGCGGCCUGGAGGGCCACAUCCUCAGAAGGAAGAGGAGAAUCUACGAGUCUGUCGCCAGCUCUGUUCAGAGCGACCUGAAGCCCUGCUAUGAAGAGGCAGCGCAGAUCACUGGCAGAAAAGCCUGCGAGAGAAUGAAGGACAUCAUUCGAAGAGGAGUGGACAGACAGGUGGCCGAGGGCAUGUUUGAGAGGGCUCAGGAGAGGAUGCAGCACCAGUUCCAGCUACUGAAGCGUGGAAUCACCGAGAAGGUGAAGGGCAGCGUCGCCACCAUGCUGACCCUGGCUUCGUCCCAGGGUGACAGUCUCUACAAGGAGCUUGCAGACGUCCGGAGCGAGUACAAGGAGAUGGAAAGGCUUCACCGAGGCCUGAGGGAGGCGGCCGAAAAUGCGCAGCUGCGGAAGGCCAUGCGGGACUUCCUCCUGGGGGCGCCCCGCAGCACGGGGGGGCCCUCGAACCCCACUCUCGCUCCCAGGGAUUAG